GAGAGAGGAGGAGAGGCUGCGGCGGCGGCUGCAUCUAGGAAUAUGAAUUUCCCCCCCUCGGCAGGUCGGAUCACCUCGGCUCCAUGGUGAGGAGAAAGAAGAGCCCCCCUGGGCCCCAGGAGCCGCGCAAUGGGAUGACAGUGAAACUGGGAGAGAGCAGCGGGGAGGAAGGGGUGAAAAAGCUGGGCAAGCGAGCAGGAGGAGAUGAGGAGUCCCUGGAAGAAGAAGGGGCAGGAGGAGGAGGAGAGGCAGCUCCAGGCAGCAGCAGCACAAAGAAAGAAGAGAAGAUCAUUAACAGCAACACUAACGGCAGCCCCUCGGCGACCCCCGCCGCGGCGCAGGCCCCUGCCUCCCUCCAGCCGUCCCACAGCCAGGACCAGCAUCAUUUUCUCAGAUCCAGUGUCAGACCUCAGAGCAAGAGGCUAAAGAAGGAUUCUCAGGCAUCCUCCUCGGUUGGCAACAGCAGCACUGCAAAAGGCAAAGCAGCAGAUAAUGGAGGGACUACAUCUGGUAGCACCCCAGGAAUUCCUCCCAGCACUCCUGCAGCAAAUUCCAAGUCAGCAGCAAGAAACCUGGGCUCCUCGGCUGGAGAGAAGGAGGAAGGGAAGAAGGUCAGAAGGCAGUGGGAAUCGUGGAGCACCGAGGACAAAAAUACAUUCUUUGAGGGGCUGUAUGAGCACGGGAAGGACUUUGAGGCAAUCCAGAACAACAUUGCGCUGAAGUACAAGAAGAAAGGCAAGCCGGCCAGCAUGGUGAAGAACAAAGAGCAAGUGCGACACUUCUACUACCGCACGUGGCACAAGAUCUCCAAGUACAUCGACUUUGAUAACGUGUUUUCGCAAGGGCUGAAAAAAUCCUCCCUGGAGCUUUAUGGCUUAAUCUGCUAUGGGGAACUAAGGAAGAAAAUUGGGGGAUGUGACACAGACACAAAUGCAGCUAAGAUCAGGGAGACUAUCCAUGUCGGGGCCACAACUGUUCGCUACAAAGGGAGAAACCUUCGAAUCAAAGCUCCAAUGUGCAGGGCUUUGAAGAAACUCUGUGAUCCAGAUGGCAUUAGCGAUGAAGAGGACCAGAAGCCAGUGCGUCUUCCUCUCAAGGUCCCUGUGGAGUUGCAGCCACGGAAUAAUCAUGCAUGGGCACGAGUGCAGAGUCUUGCCCAGAAUCCACGGCUUAGGAUGAUAGUGGAGCUGCAUCGGAAGGUCUCCAGCCUCAUUGAGUUCCUGAAGCAGAAGUGGGCCCUCCACGAAGUGCGCAUCCGUAAAACACUAGAGGAACGGCAGCUUCAAGACACCAGAGACGCAGAAACAAGAGGCAGCUUCUCGGAGGAGAAGGUGAUGCUCCAUCUUUUUCCAGGAGAGAACUGCACCCUCACGCCGCUGCCUGGGGUGGCCAGAGUGGUCCACUCCAAGGCUUUCUGCACAGUGCACUGGCAGGAGACUGGCAAAUGCAAACAGAACACAAAGGACUCUCACUUGCUACCCCCGGCACAAAUCCUAGGCAUACAGAGUGGUCAGGGGACAGCCAGGGGACAGCUAAAAUACACCCGGGGAACGGAAGGUGGUAAGAGUGUUGGAAGGGCAGAGAGCACUACAGAAUCGAGCAGAACCUCUCAGCCCACAGCUGAAGUUUCUGCAAGCACUGAAGAGGCUUCCCCAGAGACUGCUCUCAUGGAAGGAGCAGCCUCACACUUUGGCAUUGCUAAUUCCCUCAACAAGCCCCCUCCUGGCCUUCAGGAUCCAGAAGGGGGCCAUGAAAAGCUGAGCUCAGCGACCUUCUGUGUGGAAGGCAGGGAGGCCCUGGACAGUGACCAGGCAGCCGGGCUCCCGUCGUGCAGCACAGCCUGCGCUUGCAGGAAGAUCCCUGAUGUGGAGGAGCUCUCUCUGCUUGAUCCCUUCCCACGGUACAUGAAGUCCUGUCAGGACCUGAUCGUCCCAGAGAAAUGUUUUUGCACAGAGAAACUGCAUGGAAAAGACUGUACUCCCGCAGCUGGGAAUUCUUCUCCUGUGGCCUUUCCGAGUGGGAGCACAGAGGCGCCUGACGCGUGUCCAGCACAGCUGCCCAGGGGCAGCCCGGCCUGGCCCGGCGGCGGCCCGGCCCGGCCUGACCCGCAGGCCAGCCAUGGCCCCAGCCCGCAGCCUGACGCGGGGGCCAGGGAGGUACCCGACGUGGUAAUGGAGGAUUCUCAAGAGAAGCUGAGCUCCUCGUUUCCACCUCCACCUCAGGGACAAUCUAGCUCAAAGUCUCUCAAGGAUGACCCGAGCAGGCUCUCUCAGCAGGUUAGGGAAGAAGGAUGGAGCAUACGAACUUCGGAGAGCCUCACGCUGGCAGAAGUCUACCUCAUGAUGGGCAAACCGAACAAGCUGCAGCUGGAGUACGACUGGCUGGCUGUCCUGGAGCCGGAGAGUCAGGAUGCCAGGGAGCAAGCGUCCGAGCCAAGUGCUGUUCCUACGUGCACCACCUUCCACAAGCAGAGACUCCUGAACUGCCUUUUAAAGCUCAUCUCAACUGAAGUCAAUCCCAAACCAACCCCUGAGAUGAGCUCCGUCGCCACGUCCCCGAUCAAGCCCGUGCAGGAGGAGCAGUCCCUGACCCCCCCAGGAAAGGUGAUUGCCAUCAGCAGCAGGAGCCCGGGCUGCGCGCGAAGCCAGGCUGCCCUUCGCAGCAACAAGACCUUUUCCCCCAGUGCCGCUUCCAGCUCCUCAGGUUUGAGAAACCUCCCCAGGCCUCUCUUGGUGGCGGGUCCUUCGAGUUCGGGAGGUGCCGACGCGGACGGGGGCCUCUUUGCGGUGCCGACGACGCUGCCUCCCAACAGCCGCCACGGGAAGCUCUUCCUGCCCAGCAAAGAAGCUGAACUGACCUUCCGGCAGCACUUAGACACCAUCAGCAUGCAGUCAGACUUCUUCUUGCCAAAGCCCAGGAAGCUGCGGAACAGGCACUUGCGGAAGCCGUUGGUGGUUCAGCGAACGCUGCUCCCUAGGCCAUCUGGAAAUCCAUCCCAGCACGUCUGCUCCUUUUCUAUCCUGUCCAACUCAUCCAUAACAGGGAGAGGUUCAUUUCGGCCAAUCCAGUCCUCAUUGAAUAAAGCUGCGGUUUCUCGUCCCAUCGUGCCCAAGGUUCUUCCAACACAGGCUACCAACCACCUGUCCAGUGCUAUUGACUUGGCAGCUAAAAGUGCCGGGAUUAUCCCUGGUAGCCCCUUGCCCAUCCUGGACACGGAUGGUUUGUCAGGGGUGUCUCCACUGUCACCCGAUGGAGUGACUGCGGUGGUCACAGGGCAGGAGUCAACGGUAGCACAUCAGAAUGGAGGCUCCAUCACCGCCGUGGAGGGCUCUGGCAGUGGGUGUCGGGUCCCGUUCAUCAGCCUGCCCACACGGCACGAGCAGCAGGAGGCAGUUCCUGGCGGCUUCCAGGGCACGUCAGUGCUUUCUCUGUCAGAGCUAACCAAGACUCCUCUCCAGAACGGUCUUUCCACCCCUCCGCUUCCCUCAUCAGAGGCUUCCAGUACCCGUCUCUCUCCUCCCAAUGUCUCUGCACUCUUGGAUAUUUCUCUGCCCGGGCCACCUGAAGAUGUCCUUUCUCAAGGAGAGCCUGCCACUCAAAUCAGUGAUUCCAUCAUUGAAAUAGCUAUCAGCUCUGGUCAAUACAGUGAAGGUGUUUCUCUUUCUCCUGCAAAGCUGAAUGGCAGCGACAGCUCCAAAAGUCUUCCAUCUCCGUCCAGCAGCCCUCAGCAGAACUGGAUUGCCUCUCCCAGCCACGAUCCCCAGUGGUACCCCAACGACUCCACAGACUCGUCUCUCAGCAGCCUGUUUUCAAGUUUCAUCUCCCCUGAGAAGGGAAGAAAAAUGCUGCCCACUCCUGUUGGCAGCGCGAGCGGCACCUCCUUGCUCGGGCCCAGCCUCCUGGAUGGAAACUCCCGGGACUCUUUUGUGUCACGCUCCCUGGCAGAUGUAGCAGAGGUGGUGGAUUCCCAGCUGGCUUGCAUGAUGAAUGAGAACAGCAUAGACUACAUCUCCCGUUUCAAUGACCUUGCCCAGGAGCUGUCCAUCCCCGAGCCGCCCCGCAGGGAGGUUCUGUUCGACGGCAGCGCCGGCAGCGGCCCCCCCAUCGGCGACCUCUCGCAGUGAGCGCGGGAG